AAAGCCCGCGGCUAAGAGGGCCCCGGCACUUCAGUCUUUUCAAAAAUAUCGUAAGCAUGGCUCUAGAACGUCAAGUGCGCGCUAAGAUUGCAUCAAAACGCAAUCCGGAGCAAGAGAAGGAGGCGCAGGAAUGGAUCGAGUCGAUCAUUGGCAAGAAGUUUCCCCCCGGUGAGACCUUCGAGGAGGUGCUGAAGGACGGCCAGGUCCUCUGCCACUUGAUGAACAAAAUCUCCCCUGGAUCGGUACCGAAGAUCAAUACCACCGGCGGACAAUUCAAGAUGAUGGAGAAUAUCAAUCUGUUCCAAAAGGCUCUCAAGGAUUAUGGGGUGGAUGACGUGGACGUUUUCCAAACUGUGGACCUGUGGGAAAAGAAGGACAUCGCGCAAGUGGUGACGACCCUGUUCGCUCUUGGCCGAACGACGUACAAGCAUCCCGAAUGGCAAGGACCCUAUCUGGGACCGAAACCCGCGGAUGAGUGCAAACGUGAGUUUACGGAGGAACAAUUGAGGGCUGGCGAGUCGGUGAUCGGACUUCAAGCUGGUUCCAAUAAGGGCGCGACUCAAGCCGGCCAAAGCAUCGGUGCUACCCGUAAAAUUCUUCUCGGAAAGUAAAUUAAAAAUUCUCGGCGCAGUUGCUUUUACUAUAUACACAUCUUCUCUUCCACGUUUUAGAGCUAAAAAUCGCACACUUUUCUAUAUGUGUAUGUACAUAAAUAUGCGUAAUAUAUAUAUUUUAUUUUACUUUUGUAAUUAAAUGAUAGGUAGCUACCAGAUUUACUGAUCCGCCUUUUCAUUUUACUUCGUAAAAUAGCCACUGUAUCAUCAAGAUAGCAAACGUGUCAUCUCAUAAUAAGGCCUAUAUCUUAGUUAAUCGAAAGAUAGAAAGGUAGAAAGAGAGAGAAAAGGAGUGCGUCUCUUAGCAGAUAAAGAUAAUACUCGUACAAUAUGAUAAAUGAAUUUUUAUAAUUAAAUGAGAUAUGUACUAUCUCGUUAAAUCAAAUCAAAUCUUUGAUGUUUUCAUGUCUCGAAAAAUGUACAAUGUCGAUGACAGAUAUGUGUAGUUUCAAAGCACUCGAAUUGUUAUUUAAUUGAUCAAUGACAGAUGCGCGUUUUGAUUGUUCUCUAAAGGAUUCCAAAUAAAAUUAUUAUUAGUUUUA